GUAGUCUAUCGCUUUAAAUCACAAUCUCUGAUAAAGCAGAGAUCAUAAAGUCCCGGUUGAAAUUGGGAAAAUCACAGAUCAGUCUUUUUUCCCGAAAUAUAGCCACAUUAUAAUUCCUGAGUGCCGUUGACGAAUUCUAGCUGACGUUAAUAUCGAGCAUCAUUCUUUUUACCACUGUGUUCAUUUAGGUAGGUAUUUUAAGCAUUUCGAAUUGUGUACCAAAGAAAUGGUGAUGGAGAAGCCAAGUCCCCUGCUUGUAGGGCGGGAGUUUGUGAGGCAGUAUUACACACUCUUAAACAAGGCACCAGACUUUCUUCACAGGUUCUAUGGAAGACAUUCCUCUUACGUUCAUGGUGGACUGGAUGCCAGUGGAAAACCUGCAGAGGCUGUAUACGGGCAGGCUGAGAUCCACAAGAAGGUGAUGUCCCUUCAGUUCAGUGAAUGCCACACGAAGAUUCGCCACGUGGAUGCCCACGCCACCCUGAACGACGGUGUCGUGGUUCAGGUCAUGGGCGAGCUCUCCAACAACGGGCAGCCCAUGAGGAAGUUCAUGCAGACCUUUGUGCUUGCUCCUGAGGGCUCUGUGGCUAACAAGUUCUACGUGCACAAUGACAUUUUCCGCUACGAAGACGAGGUGUUUGGGGACUCUGAGGCAGAGCUUGAAGAGUCUGAAGAGGAGGUGGAAGAGGAACAGGAAGAGCGACAGCCCUCGCCCGAGCCGCUGCAGGACAGUCCCAGAAGCACCACUUACUACGAGCAGCAUCCUGUAACUAACGGUGUGGAGGAGCCCUUGGAGGAACCGGCCCCAGAGACGGAACCGGAGCCCGAGCCGGAGGAGCCGAAGAAGAGCGAGGAGGAGCCAAAGCCCAGCAUGGAGGAGAAGGUCAUGGAGGAGCUGGAGGAAAAGGCACCCUCUCCUGUUCCCGUGGAGUCCCCGCCCCACACCCAGGAGCCGCCCAAGACCUUCUCCUGGGCUUCAGUGACCAGUAAAAACCUGCCUCCUAGCGGCACUGUUCCUUCCUCUGGGAUCCCUCCCCAUGUCGUUAAAGCCACAAGUUCACAGCCCAGAGUGGAACCGAAACAGGAGACCCAGCCCCCUGCCCCCCGUGCGAGAGAUCAGCGCACCCGCGAGAGACCCGGGUUUAUCCCUCGAGGACCCAGGCCUGACGGUGUGGCGUCUUCAGAAUCACAGGCUGGAAAACCGCACUUCAGCUUCAUAAGCAAAGGAAGGGGAGACUCUGAACCGAGUGAGAUGGAAAGCAGAAGGAUUGUAAGGUACCCAGACAGCCACCAGCUCUUCGUUGGCAACCUGCCUCACGACAUCGAUGAGAGCGAGCUGAAGGACUUCUUCAUGACCUUUGGAAAUGUCGUUGAGCUGCGCAUCAACACCAAAGGAGUCGGAGGGAAGCUGCCCAACUUUGGCUUUGUGGUCUUUGAUGAUUCUGACCCAGUGCAGAGAAUCCUGGGUGCAAAGCCCAUCAUGUUCCGCGGCGAGGUGCGGCUGAACGUGGAGGAGAAGAAAACCCGGGCCGCCCGCGAGAGGGAGACGCGCGGCGGCGACGAUCGCCGGGACAUGCGCCGCAACGACCGGGGCCCCGGCGGGCCCCGCGGCAUCAUGGGCAGUGGGAUGAUGCGGGAUCGCGAUGGGAGGGGCCCUCCCCCGCGGGGCGGGAUGGCACCCAAACCGGGCCUGGCUUCGGGAAGAGGGGCCGGGCAGGGCGGGGAGAGCCGCUUCACCACACAGCGCCGCUGAGGCCACCACCUGCAGUUCGGAAGUAGUACCACGUUCUUCAUCUUUGCGUUCUCGUUAACGAAAUCUACAUAUAAAUAUAUAUAUACUUUUUUGGCUUUGGAAUGUGACACAGCCUGUCAACCAUUUCUUUGAUGUGAAAGACGAAAAAAAAAGCGCAAACAUCAUUAGUUUACCAACUUUGAGCCGAGCCUCCUUGUCCGGUUUCUCAAGAGUUUGCAAAUGUUCAUUUUUAAUUUGAAAAAGAAAAAAAAAACAAACAAAAACCAGGAGAAAUCUGCAAUGUGAAACAGGGACUGAUAAGACUUUACAGUAGCACAGCCCAUCAUUUGGAGAAGAGAUUAAUGCGCAUGCCUCCCGUUCUGAGAGGGGCUGCUCCACGGAUCCUUCCUCUGCACAUUUUGUAUAAAAGCGAUCUGCCCGUUACUGUGGAAACAAGAGGUGCAAAUUUUGUGCAAUUGGAGAGCUUGCCUUUUAUUUUCUUUAAAAACACUGCUUAAAACUUAAAAAAAAAAAAAAACAAAAAAGAUUUGCAUUUAUGCACUCAUCAAUAUGCACUAAUGGGUACUUGUCAUUUUUACGCCGACAUCCUUGGGACGAAGCAGGAGGUCACCCUCACAGUUGUCGGUCUCUAGGCUAGACAAAUUACUGGCAGGUCUUGAUUGCUGCUUGCCAUGAGAAAAAUACUUUCACAUCUUUAACCCUUAUCAAAGCUUCAAUUACUGCUGGGGAAAAAACAAGUAUUUUCAUGUGAAUUAAAUUAAUAAAGAGCAAAUCCUGGACUUCAAAUGGAAAAAAGGAUAAGGAAAUAAGCUCAACACUAGGAGAGUUUGAUGGUUCUCUUUGCUUUUUUUUUUUCUUUUUUUAUUAUUAUUUUCAAGUUUUUCUACCGUCUUUAACCAACAUUGCCCAACCGCAACACAGGGAUUGCUGACUCAUCCCAUAUGAGGAAAUAUGGAUACAACAUAAUAAAUGUACAGCAAAAUCAUAGCUUACUGUAUGAUUUUUAUUGGUUUUUAGUUUACAAAAAGCAUGAUGGUGCCUUUUGUUACAUCCUUCCAGUCUUACUGGUGAGUGCUUUGAGAGGCGCACAGUUUUUAAAAGAGGAGCUGUUGCAGUUAAGGUCAUUUCAGUGCAUUGCACUCUCCUUGUAAGACAAAGGGUUACAGGUACACUUUAUACAAUCCUAGGCUGCCCAACUAUUUUUGAGUUCAGGAGAGUUGCUGUAAAUGUUUUUGUUUUUUCUUUUAUAUACACUUGUUUAUAGUUCUUGGUUGAAAAGGCAGUCGAUCGUGAACUGAUUCAAGUGGAGGCACCUGGAACUUAGCUUCACUUUAUCAGUGGUCGCAAUAGCACUCGUUUUCCAUAGUUGUUGCAUUUUGUGUAAUCGCAUCUCACCACUAAAGCAAGGACACUGCAUCUUUGGAUAAAAAAAAAAUUAGUAUGGUGGAAGAAGUAAUGACUGAUGAUUGGUUUAUAAGUGUGAGUGGUCUCCAGCCCAGAGAAAUUAUUCCAUGGGAUAUCUUUUUCCAGACCAAAUGAGUUAGAACAAUGACAGAGAUGUGCAUUUCUAUAAAGCCUUGAACUGUCUGCCUCAUGCGGGGGGGGGAAAAGAAGCACUGCCUUGCCAUUUCACGAUGAGGCAGAUAAACUUUGACCGACUUGGGAUUUCAGAGAAGAAUCAUGAAUCCUUCUGCACCACUCAUGAUUGUAAAAUUUAGAGGGAAAGAAAUCCUUAAGCAGCCGGUUCAUUAUUGGUUGCUAUGACAAAUUAAUGCCUGAGUGUACGCCAUCAGUUUACACAUUUUGUGUUCCCACUCCAAGCCCUAAAGUUCUGGCAGUUGUUCUUUUUAAUCUUUUUGUAUUUCAGUGCCGGUGUUGACAGUAGCCAUAACACCAGUCCAAACCAGGAGUCUAAUAAAAAGUAAAUUAGUUGUCAACCAAUGGGAUCAAAUAUCAUAAAGCUGCUAUUUUGAAAGGGAGACCUGAACUGAAUCCUGUGGAGAGAAUUGCACAGAUCUUUGUUUACACAGACUGCUGUAAUCUGCCAGCAGGUCUUUUCAGACUGGUUUUGAAGUUGACUCGAAUGUAGCGCCUUUUGGAUAAGUCUCUUUGGGGUGGGGGUGGGAUGGGGGGGGGUCUUUCUUGUUUGUCAGUCUUGCACUAUUUCCAGCAUUUCUCAGACACAGCUUCUGUUUCAGCAGCACCCCUUUGCGUCUCUUCAAUAUUACUGUGGUGUCCUAGAAGCGAACGUACUGGAAGGAAAUGAGUAUCAUUUGCGCUCCUCACAUCCCUUAAAGGCUCCUCUGAACUUGAUUUGGAGUAUGUUCUUUUUACUUUUGUUCUGGUGGCUCGCCAACAAGUCGGUUUUUGGAUCAAUCAGCUGUUCGGUACUCUGUUCAGUUUCCCGUUGCGUUCUUUUAUAGCCACUCUCCAGACCCCUGAGAUUUUAAGAAGCUCGGUCUGUCCUCUUAAACGUACCUUUGGUGUGAACUGAGAACAUUGCAAAUAGCUCAGUACGUGAUGGUCUUCUGCUUGCUUGAGCAAGUGUGCUCCUAACUAGUGCAGUGGUACUACUACUUACAGUUUCCAUGGACACGCAGAACAAUCCCAUGUAAACAACUGGCUGUUCACCGCGGCCUGUGUAGUUGUAUAUUUGUCAGAGCAGAAAUAUGAACAGCAGGGCACAUCCUAAAAUUGCAAGUGUAGCUGUCAGACCUUCGUAAACUUGGACAGGAGAUUUGCAGCUACCAAGGUGAGAAAAUGAGAUAUGCCAGCACGCUCUCUGGCUCUAGCCUCAGAAGUACUUUCUUCAACCUGACACCAUCAAAGAAGCAUACAAGGUGGCAUCUUCUCUCACACCCUAAAUUCACAAUGGGCUGUUUUCACCCCCUUUUCUUUUUGGAAUGAAACCUAAAUUAAUGGCUGUAAACUUUCUUUUUUUUUUUCUUUUUUUAACUAUCGUUGAAAAGCAGAAGACAUUCUAAGAAAGCACUAGAAAGAUCAAAAAACAUUCCAGUCCUGAUUUUGUUUUCAGCGGAAUUGGAUUACCCUCUUUAGCAGGUGUGGUAAGCAGUGGUUUGCCAUGUUAACUUUUUUUUUUUCCUUUGAAUAGUAGAAAACGUGUUGCAGGUGGAGCGUUUUUAUUUUUAGUUUACCAUUUUGAAUGUGUUGGAUUUAACAUACAAUAAACUACUGAUAUCUGCAUCA